AUGUGGACCUGUGUCGGUUGUGACCGAUCGUUCCAUGCCGCAUGUGUGGGAGUGCCGAUUCAACGUGGUUCAUUACGCAAAAGGGACAGAAAAAUCGACCCACAGUCUUAUCUAUUGCCGUGCUGUAGCCCCUGUCAGGCGUUAAUCAACAUUAACUUCGAUAUAAAAUCGUUAACAGCAGAACAGGCUAAGUUAACAGAACUGAUCAACAAUAAUACAGAGGUGAUACAUCGGACAACUCAGCAAAAUAAUGUAGGUGCCGUGCACGAGACCAUCGAUCGCAUUGAGUCAUUGCUUAUUGAAAUUAAAAAAGAGCUGACAGGGGGAAAAAGCGCCGCUUGCACUGGCAAUGUUAUUUCCGUAAAAAACCAUAUUACGUCAGCUUUAGACAUAGCGAUGCGAUCGUGCUAUGAAAAUGUAGAAGCAACGUUAGCAACGAUGACGACUUCAAUAUCAACUGACUUAAAACUAAUCAACGAAGAAAUCAAAUUGAUUUCAACAAAUGCCGCUGUGUUUAAAGAUAGCGCCGUCGCUGCCGAUAUGCUUUAUAAUUGGCCGGCCACGCAGAUUAUGGGUGAACUACAACACCUAACAGAAGCUGUCAUUCGUCUUGAAACUCCGCAAAGUGCACCCGCUCCUAGUAUCGCCGUGGAACUGAAUAACGCCAAUUGUAACGAUGAUUCAGUUGAUCACUCGGGAUGGCGCAUUAUCGGAUCUACAAGGCGCUGGUAUGCAGAUUGGAGAGAUUACGACAAUAAGAAAAAACGUCGUGAGGCUCAAGAGCAAAGAGAAUUUAAAGCGUGGCGGAAUCGAAAAAACCGCCGGCAACGUAGAAUGCGAACGAAUAAUAGAGGCAAUACCAGUGUCAAUAACAGAAACAGCAACGGGGUUUAUAAUAGUAACAACAGCAGCAGAUACAAUAACAAUAAUAGAAACAUCAAUAAUAACAGAGGAAUAACAGCUAUAUUUCUUUCGAUCAUCCACAACACAAUAACAUCAGCAAUCAUCGAAAUCAUCUUCCCCCGGAUAGAGUACUACUUGCGGCUGCUAGACAUCACUUUUCUGGACCACCUUUGA